GAAGCUGAUUGCCCGAAGUGUCGCCCCGCUAAAGCUAAGCGUGUCGGCGCGGAGCUCGUCGCAUCGUUUCUCCGAAAUUUUCAUCGCGAGGUCCGGGGAAACUCUGGCUGCUGUCGCGAUAGUUUUCAUCGGCUUCCAGAUUAUAUUCGCGCUGUCUCCUGUCGUAUAUACGAUACUCACUAAUUGCUGUAAGUGUUCCGCUGAGAUCUCCUUUACGAGAGACGUACAUGGGUUGCUCAUACUCGAGAGACACCAGCUCCUUGCAGCACACCGGAAAACCAGUUGUUCACCUGUCAACGAGGCCCUAGGGGCCAAUUCAGCUCAUCAAACGAUUCAAGAUGUCGCUCGUCAAUCUGGCCCAUGUCUGCUCCCACCUUAACAAUGCCACCAAGGCACGCCUGGGUCUGACAUCCAUUCCGAACUCCAACCUCCACCUCAAACUUUCCCUCGCCCUUCAGAAUGCCGGAUUCAUUUCGUCAGUAGUGCGAGGAGGACCGACUCCUCCGCCUCCACAUGUUCUCCUUGGUCAUCCUUCCGUGAACGAUGAGUCGCAAGGUGUCGAGCCCAUCACGCAAUCCAACGUUGCCUCCAGACGCCUGUGGCUCGGACUGAAGUAUUGGCAGAGCGAACCGGUUCUGAGCAAAAUGACCUUGGUCAGCAAGCCCAAGAGGAGAAUAAACUUGGAUGUCCCCGGACUUCGCCAGAUCAUUCGGGGCGAGAAGAGUGGAUACGUUGAGGGCCUGCGGUCUCCUGGAGAGUGCCUUUUCCUGUCUACGGACCGAGGGAUUCUAGAAGCCAGAGAAUGUGUGGAAAAGAAGGUCGGAGGUCUCGUUUUGUGCAGGGUUCUUUAAAUGCGGGAUGUGAUGUCUUCUGCAUCGAUUCGGAGUUUGGUCAGUCGCAUUGUCUCUUGGUCCGCGACUUUCGAUAUACCUAGAUCAUGGGUCUGUAUAUUAACGCUAUCACUUUGUACCUUUCCACGCCCAACUCUCCUUGUACAAGUAUCAAUUACUCGGUUCUUUGAUGACUUAAAUGAUGUAGUCCAUAGUCAUUGAGGCUCAUGGCAGAUAAAACAGCGGCCGAAAUCUACUCUCUUGGCAAAGGUUCGUUGGCG